AUGUGGACAAUAGAAUGUACGGACAGUUCAUCCGUGGCGAAUUCCAUAGUAACUUCCAAUGAGCGGAUGAUCGGACACACCGUUGGAAUUCUCUGCAGUGACGGAUUCGUACAAAGCGGUAGCCUCAAGAAAACAUGCCUUGGAAACGGACAAUGGACGAAUGUCAACACCGUGUGUAUAGAUUGUGGAGACAUCACCCACUACACCGACUACAACAAAGCCCGAGAUCACUGUCUGUCUGUAGGACAGAAUCUCCUUCAUGCUGAUAAUGCCUCUCCUUCACUCCUCAAUAUUGAUAAUGGGAGAUGUGUGACGUGCCCUGAUGACUUAGUGGCUGACCAGUUUACACGUUACCUAGAAGAUGACUGCGUUCCAGACAUCAACUACAAAGAUCACACGUACUGCAACUGUCGCUUCACUACGGCUGUCCCGGGCAUGAAAGUAAGGAUUCAGACGGUGUUUCUAGAUCUGGAAGAUGGUUAUGAUUUCUUGUGGAUGUUUGAUGGUAAGAUCAUAGCUAAGGCACUUUUCCAGAAAUAA